UCCCACACCUCUGCACUGCCUUAUCCGUCCUUCGGCCUCAGGAUCUGCACGGUGCACCCGCGUUCCAUCUAUCUUCUGAGGCUUUGCGCUUCUCCAAGGAGAGCACUCAAGAGACCAGGAAAACGGCCACGGGGCUCCUGAGAGCCAAAACAGAGGUGUUCGUGGCGUUCAGGGAUGUGGCUGUGGACUUCACCCAGGAGGAGUGGACGUUGUUGAGCCCUGCUCAGAGGACCCUGCACAGGGAAGUGAUGCUGGAGACCUAUAACCACCUGGUCUCACUGGAAAUUCCAUUUUCUAAACCAAAACUCAUUACGCAGCUGGAGCAAGGAGAAGAGCCCUGGAGGAAGGAGAGACAAUGUCUGCUGGAUGUCUGUCCGGGAUCAAAGCCAGAAACUCAACCUUGUCCCUCCUGCCCUCUGAUAUUCUCCAGUCAGCAAGCCCUCAGCCAACAUGUGUGGCUGAGUCAUCUCCCUCAGCUGUUCUCAAAUUUAUGUGCAAGAAAUCCUCUCUGUCCAGGAAAAAACUAUCCAGAAGAUCAGAAACAACAGCAAGAUCAAUUUCUUGAUCAAUCAUGCUUGAGUGACAAAGCAGAAAUUCAGGAGAGAGAAGACGACUCCAAACCCCUGUUUGGGAAAGUAAGCAAAACUGGCACUUCAAAGGCAUUCUCCAGCCCCCCUGAAGAACAGCUGGUAAAGUCCAAGGAAGACAACACAGUGGUGGAUAUAGGGCCCAAGCCAGAACAGAAGGCAGACCUUGAGGAAACAGACAAUGUAUUGCAUGGUUUAGAAGUCUCGGGAUUUGGAGCAAUCAAAUAUGAAGAGUUUGGGCGAGGCUUUAUCAAGGACUCAAACUUACUUGGCUUCCAGAAGACACACACAGGGGAGACACCUUACAUGUACACUGAGUCGGGACAGAGCUUCAGCAGUAUGUCAAUCCUCAUCAAAAACCCAAGGACAAAAAAAAAAAAUCAAAAAAAAAACCCAAGGACACACUCUGGAGAAAAGCCUUAUGUGUGCAGGGAAUGUGGGCGAGGCUUUACGUGGAAGUCAAACCUCAUCGCACACCGGAGGACACACACUGGGGAGAAGCCUUAUGUUUGCAGGGAAUGUGGACGUGGCUUCUGCCAGCGUUCAUACCUCAUGGGACAUAAGAGGACACAUUCAGGAGAGAAGCCCUAUGUUUGUAGGGAGUGUGAGCAAGCCUUUAGGCAGAAGUCACACCUCAUCAGGCACUUAAGGACACACACAGGAGAGAAGCCUUAUGUAUGCACAGAAUGUGGGCGUCACUUUGGCGGGAGAUCAAACCUCAAGUCACACCAGAGGACACACUCAGGGGUUAAACCUUAUGUGUGCCUGGAGUGUGGGCAUUGCUUUAGCGUGAAGUCAAACCUCAACAACCACCAGAGGUUACACACAGGGGAGAAGCCAUUUGUAUGCACAGAGUGUGGGCGAGGCUUUACCCAGAAAUCAGCCCUCAUCUCACACUAGAAGAUACAUUCAGAGGAAAAGCCUUUUGUGUGCAGGGAGUGUGGGCAAGGCUUUAAAGAGAAAUCAACCCUCAUCUCACACCAGAUGAUACAUUCAGGGGAAAAGCCUUUCGUGUGCAGGGAGUGUGGUAGAAGGUUUAGGCAGAAGACAAACCUAUUUAGGCACAAAAGGGCACACUCAGGUGCCUUUGAGUGCAGGGAGUGUGGGAAACAAAGCUUUCGUAAUAAGUUAACUCUCAUUAAACACCAGAGGGCGCCUGGGGGGAAAUCUCACAUGUGCAGGGAGUGUGGGCAAGGCUUUAGCCGGCAGUCACACCUCAUUAGACACCAGAGGACACAUUCAGGAGAGAAGCCUUAUAUUUGCAGAAAGUGGGGGCAGUGCUUUAGUUGGAAGUCAAACCUCAUCAGACAUCAGAGGACACACUCAGGAUAGAGACUUUAUAUGUGCAAGGAGUAUAGUAAAUCCUUUAGCCAGGAGUCACAUUUCCACAGACACCAGAGGACACACACACAAGGCUGUGGCUUUAAGGCAGCCAUUGCUAGAUACCAAAGUGGAGAUAGCUUAUGUGUGAUGGUGUGCAUGAGCCUGUAUUGGUAAGAGUCGUAUCUCCAGUCCACCUGAAAGAGAAUUGCUGGCCCAGGAGCUCUGCUCUUCCCCAGUGGGGAUGAUGGGUUGUGGAAGGUCUGUCAGGUAACUUGAUGGGGGGAGUUACAUAUAAGUAGGUUAAAAUCAGGGAAUGAAGACUAUUCCAGUGUCAUUUUCCAAGUAUACUUGAACAGUCCUUUCACAGUACCCUGGAUGUUACAGAAAUAACAA